CUUGACAUAUUUAAUAGUCGCAGUAGGUGACAAUUUAAGGGUCGGGCCCAGGAGAAAGCAAAUCGGAUCGAAGGAAAGGGGAAUGAAGAAAGCCGGAGCCGAUAAGAAGAGGGUCCGGCGAUCCUCCGCUGCCGUACAAAAUGGUGGCAACCGAUAUUCCGGCAGUGAUACUCCUCCUAGGAAACAAGCGAACAAGAAGGAUGCUUUUCAAUUGUUUGCUGAGAAAGUGAGAGAUCAUAAGGAGUUGGUAUCAAGGUGGGCUGUGUUGCAGGAAACCCGAGUUGAAUACUUCAGGGGAAAAGACUUUGUUGGGUUUUUGAGAAAUCAUUCAGAGCUCAAAGACAUUUUAGGUUCUGAUAGGCAUUUAGAAGUAGAAGAUAUUGCAGAUGAAUUGCUUAACAAGAAUCUUUUGGUUCGUUGUGAUCGUGUGGUGAAAACAGUGCGCCCUGGAAAGAGAAAAUUGUCAACAUGGCCUGCUCAUUUAGAGAUAUAUCCUGAUCAGGAGUUCUCAGAUAAUGAUGCGUUUUUUGCAUGGACAUUUGUAAACAAGCGACCACUAUGGCAAACACUUCUGUCAUUAUCGUGGCCUGUUUUGACCCUUGCAAUCUGCUUAUUCCCAAUAUACCCUCAUCAGGCAAAGCUGCUUAUACUCUACUCAUGUGCUGGUGUACUACUCCUUAUACUUUGCCUUCUCUUGGUGAGAGCUUUAAUAUUUGGUACCGGAUGGAUUUUACUCGGGAAGCGGAUCUGGAUUUUUCCCAAUAUUCUUGCGGAGGAAGCAACGCUUGGAGAACUGUUCCGAUUUUGGCCCAAGAAAGAUGAAGAGGAAAACCCUAAGCUUACAGCAAGACUUUUCUUUGCUGUCGUGGCUAUUUUUGUCAUUUUACUUUUAAGGCAUCAUGCACCCGAUGAGGCAGCUAGAGCCAGGUAUCAGAAAAGGGUUUACAACAUCAUUGAUGAUGUCAUCGAGUGGGACCCACGGUUGGCUUUGUCAGGGAUGAUGGAUGGCAAGCCAUCAGAGGAGGUUAAUGUCACUGUUACUGAAACUGAAACUGAUAACAAUUUUACAGAUGGUGGUGAUGACAAAGAUAUGUACAAUCAUGAAAUUCCUAACCAAGAAAUGUAAUAGGUUUUGAAAAAGGGUAUGUUAUGGGUAUGAAUUUUGGAUUUAUAUUAUCAAGAGUGUAGAAUUUAUAUGAAUUAAACUUUGAGAAUAAAGCAAAUUCUUAGAAAGAGGUCA